AUUUUGUCUGUCCACCAAGUAGUAUUCAUUUAAUUAGAUAUUUAAACUUUACACCAGUGUUUGAACCAGUGCCUACUUAGAAUAUAAUUUAAGGAAUUAGGAAUAUUCAACAUGGAUUAUGAGUUACCAACUGAUUUUGAUAUCAUUAUUGUGGGCACUGGCAUGGUAGAAUCUAUUGUUUCUGCUGCUGCCAGUCGAAUUGGGAAAACUGUACUUCACAUUGACAGGAAUGAUUAUUAUGGAGGACUGUUUGCAUCUUUCAACAUGGAAUCAUUUAUAAAUUUAUCAGAUAAUAAUGUUAGUGAAGGAGGACUAGUAGAUAUAAAUCUAGUUAAUGAAAAUGAAAAUAUAAUUCAACUUGGAAACUCUGUUUACAAAAUCAAGAAUAUAAAACACACUUGGCACAUUCCUGAUGAAAUUAAAUAUCAAGAAAAUCAAGAUAAUAAAACCAAUAGAGAGAUUAUAGAAAAAGUUCCUGAAGAAAGUGAUGGAAAAAUUAAGGAACCUGAAACUGAACAUCAAGAUGUGAAAGUUUGGUUUAAAGAACAUUUGUUAAAAGAAUCAAGGAAAUUUAAUAUAGAUUUAAAUCCUAAGGUACAAUAUGCAAGAGGAAAUUUUAUAGAGUUAUUAAUUUCAUCCAAUAUAGCAAGAUAUUCAGAAUACAGGAAUGUUAAUAAAGUUUUAACAUGGUUAAAUGAUCACUUGGAAGUUGUACCUUGUUCUAGGUCUGACAUAUUUGCAAACAAUAAAGUGUCAGUAAUAGAAAAAAGAAUGAUGAUGAAGUUUUUAACUUCUUUGGAAGACAAUGUAGAACAAUUGAAAGAGUAUGAAACAAAAUCAUAUAAAUCAUUCCUAUCAGAUCAUAAGUUGAGCAAAAAUUUAAUUCAUUACAUUUUAUAUGCUAUUUCUAAUAGUGAUGACAAUACACUUUGCCCUGUUGGCAUACAAAAUACAAAAAUGUUCCUUAAGAGUUUGGGAAGAUUUGGUAAAACUCCUUUCCUUUAUUCUAUGUUUGGUAGCGGAGAUUUGCCACAAGAAUUUUGCAGAUUGAGUGCAGUCUUUGGUACUAUUUAUGCCUUAGGACAACCAUUACAUGGUUUGUCAAUAGAUAACAACAAAUUUAAAAGCCUUUUUGUUGGAAAACAACGAAUUCAAGCCAAACACAUUGUCAUGGGUUUGGAUCAGGCUCCUGAAAAGUUUGUGGAAAAUUUAAAGACUACUUAUAUUUCUAGAGCCGUUUUAGUAACUAACAAAUCUAUAAUGAACAAUGAAAGUAACCUAUUAACAUUACUAUUAUAUCCACCAGAAAACGGUAAAAAUAAAUGCACUAUUAUAGAGUUACCAUACUUGUCAAGUUGUUGCCCAAAGGAUACUUAUUUGGUUCAUAUAACUUGUGAUCAAAUAAGCACUCCAGAGGAUGAUUUAAAACAGUGCAUUGAGAAUUUAUUCACUUUUAAUAAAGAUGAAAACAAACCACAAAUUUUGUUUUCCACAUAUUUUUCAUUGCCAACAAAUGAAGUAAAUGAGGAUUUAAGAAAAAAUUUAGCCAAUAUUGAUAAUUUAUUUUUGUGUCCUGGACCUGACUGUUCCUUGGAUUAUGAUUUGGCAGUUGGAAAGGCCAAGGAAAUUUUUAUGACUAUUUACCCAGAUGCAGAGUUUCUUCCAAGGGCACCUGAUCCAGAGGAAAUUAAAUUUGAGGGUGAUGAUGAAAAUAAUGAAUCAGACGAUUUAUUAAGUAAAACUGACUCAAAUGAAGCUGAUGCUGAAGAUGGAGGGGAAACUAAUGAAGUUCAAACCCAAAAGAAGUUAUUCACAGAAACUGAUGGUUUUAAAGAAGAUAUUAAACAAUCUAAUUAAUUUACAUAGAAUUUAAUAUGUAUUUCUAAAUAAUUUAUUUGUAAUGUGAUACUUAGUUGUAAGCUGAACUUGAUAAAUAUGAAUUAAAUAAAACAAUAAACUUACA